ACGAAACAAAACGAAAAGAAACGAGAGGAUCCUCGCUGGUGCUGCUGGUGUUCCUACUUCGGCGUCGAUCCAGCCCCCCAUCUGAGCGGCUCACGCACAAAGGAGAAUCCCGAGAGAGAGAGAAUGUGUCGGUCAUGUCAAUUAUAAAAGCGGGCAGCCGCUGGACGGGGAAGCGUAAAGCUCGUGCUUUAGACUUGAGUGUAGCAUGAGACUUGAGAAGGUGGGGCGUUUUGGUUAAGUCUGAGCGGAGAAGCGUGUGAGGGACCGAGCGAUUGUGCACGUGCUUGUGCGAUCGGCUGGAGUGGGGCUUGGUAAAAGCAUCCUAGGUUGUGUGGGUUUGAAAACUAGCUUAUCAAGGUGCGGAGAAUUCUUCUCCCGGGGGUGAAAGAUCAUCGUGCUGGAGGACUUGGCGGUUCCGUGUUGCUGAUCGCGUCCUCUCUCGUUGCGGAGCUCGACAUUUGGAACCCAUGGCGACGGCUCAGUUACAAGGUUGUUGGGAUUCGGUAGGCUUGGGAGCAUUGCCCUCCAGUAUGGGUAAAGUCGAAGGCCUUCGAUCUCGUCGACUUCCUUUCUGCAGCCGAGAAACGAACUUCAAAGCAUUUCGUGUACGCAGAUAUCCGUGCCAAAGAAACAAAGUUACUGCAGCACACACAGGAAAAGGAUCGAUGAUCGACCACAGUUACGACGUGUAUGAGCUCUUGGGAGUAAAAUCUGAUGCGUCGAUGCCUGAGAUCAAGCAAGCGUACAGAUGGUUGCAAAAGAGAUGUCAUCCGGACAUCGCGGGGCCUAUCGGUCAUGACAUGGCCAUACUGCUUAACGACGCUUACGCCACGCUCUCGGAUCCCAACCAGCGAGCUGCGUACGAUGUGAAGCGCGUUGAAAGAGCUGAAUUUGAUGGCUAUACUGGAAAACCCUUAUAUUCGAAGUGGUUAGGUCCUGCUGAGGAGGGCCGAGCAAUUUUUGUGGACGAAUCGCACUGUGUGGGAUGCCUAAAGUGUGCUCUUAUUGCCUCCAAUACAUUUGCAAUCGAGACCCGUUACGGCCGAGCCCGAGCAGUGGGACAAUGGGGUGACUCGGAAGGCACUGUUAACGAUGCAAUCCGGGCUUGCCCAGUGGACUGCAUCUCUUUUGUACCGAGAGAGAAGCUUCCCGCAUUGGAGUUUGUUAUGACCAAGCAACCCCGGUUCGCUGUUGGAAUUGAUGCGCACUCGAAUGGAGGCCAUAGAGUUGAAAACGUUUUCACGGCCACCGAGAAAUUUCUGAAAAAGUGCGCGGAGCGAGAGCGAUCAAAGAGGCCACAUUUCCAGGAAACGGGGGCUCAGAAGCAGGCACGAAUGGCAGCUGCAGAGAAUAUCCAAACUCGAGCAGGUCGGUGGUGGCAUCAUUUCGUUGGUGCAAAUCCUUACGAUUCCAAUUCCGAUUCAGCCUCAUUGCGUGCAUCCAGAGGAGCAAUUGUGCCGCUAAGCUGGGUGCCUACAAUGGAUAGAAAUUACCCUGUCUCUGCGCCGAGAUGGCAGCCAAACUUUGGCUUACCCGAAGAUAUUGGUCCACUACUUGAAGCAGCAAGAAGGCGAAGACAAGGGAAUGACAUAGAGGCUGAGCAAGAGAGGGAAGUACUUGUAGAAGAAGACUAUUGGUCUCCCAUACAGCCCUUCUACACAUCUACUCCUAAUGAUGAGGAACCCUUAACUGACUCAAGAGGCCAUAAUCCAAGUUCACAUGGAAUUUCUGAGACUCAGAUGGACGAUGUACUAAGUGGCUGGCUGAAAGCUAUCUUAUCAACAGCCCCUGUGGCUGUUUCUGUGAUUGGCGCUGUUUUAGCUGGAAUGACGCAUGGAUUGGGAGCUGCAAACUCAUUCGAAUUUGCAAACAAAGCCGGGCCGCUGCCAGUUGAAGUCACCUCUGGUUUGUUCCUGCAAAUUUUCCUAGCAGCUGCAGUGUGGUACAUGAUUGGUGCCGUAGUCUGCGAACUAAUAACAUGGUUAGCUGUGAUGAGACAUGAGAGGAACAAGGGUGCAUAAAGGAACAGCCUAAACCCGUUGAGAACCAUAGCAGUCGCAAACAACCACCAAAAAAUUCGUUGAAAUCAUUGAGGAUCGUCCUCAAGUAGCUAACAGAAUUAGAAUGUAUAUAGAGAACAAUUAAAAUAAGGUUUUUAGCAACCAAGUAAGGGAACCCUAUGCAUUGUACCAAACAAUGCAUUGGGUUCACGUCUUGCAGUUUAUCAUUGUAAAUUAUUUAACACGUAGUACAGUCGUUACAUUAAAGAAUUGAUUAUGAAGGAUUCUUGGGUUUGGUCUUAUGCACACAGCAUACGACUAGUCAUCAUAUAACAAGAGAUGGCCCAAUGCAUCAA